AUGAAGACGCCUGUUGAUAACGACGUUUCGCUAAACAAUAAAGAAGAAUUCAUAUACUACCUAAAAAUAUUAAACCACAUUGGAUACUACGAUGAAAUGGUUUCCACGAUAAGCUCUGUGAAUGUGGAAAAUUUCAAUUUAAAUUACUCCGAGUCGGUGUUAAUGGGAUCCACCUUCAAAAAUGCCCUAAACGUUAGGAGAAAGGAAAAAACCGUACUCGAAAAUAUCAUAGCGAAUGAAAAAUCAAGUGAACAAGAAAAAAAGUGCGCUGAGCUACUAAAGUACAAGUUAAAUAAAGACAUAAGGUCCAUAGAAAAUAGCACAUACGAUAUUAUAAAGGCAAAAUGCAUUCCCAUGACGACUAACGAGAAAAUAUUAAUGUUUUACUGGCAUUUGCUUGGAGAUAUUACGAGAUACUGCUCGGACACAUUUGAAGGUGAAAAAAAGAAGAAGACUCAAGAAAGAAGCAUGCAGUCGUAUUCCUACGCCCUAGUUCUCCACAAGGAUAUGGACACCGACAUAAACAUUUCCAUUGAGAUGGCCGCUCAGGCAUUUAGAGAUGCAAUUCAAAAUAUGCAUCUCCUCGAAAACGACGACGAGUGCUCCAAGACGAUUGGCAUAUUGGGCGUACUGCGGGACAACAUAAAUAAGUGGUGCGAGCUUUGCGGCAGGAAAAAUGUGAACGCUCUGUUCGAAAUAAAAGGAGAAAACUUCGACAAAUACAAGGACAUUAUGGACAGCAUCCAGUCAUAA